ACAACAGUCACCAACCUGUGGAUGGUGGCGCGUGCUGCGUAAUAGAAACAGUCUCGCGCUAGGUUCUGUCUGCGCGAGCCCGUCUCGAGGCGCGACGUGUUUGUCCGUUUCCCUCAUGACAAAACAAAUGCUGGACACGCGGUGUUUGUGAAGAGUGCGCGCGCGGCUCUGGCUGUAUGAAUGGCCCCGCAAUGGAGGAAGUUCCGUUUCCCAGAGUCCGCACACGGCGGAGGAAAAGUCGCUGCCUGGCCGGCACGUGCGAGGACGAGUUUGACUGCAAGGAGCUCGAGACGCUCUUCCAGAAAUACAACCUAAAGCUCGAGCAGACCGCCACGCUCAAAGCGCUGGCCAUCCUCAUCCUCGUCGCGUCUGCGCUGGCGCUCGUGGAGCUCCUGUCCGCCAGUUCGCGCUUCACCGUCUCCAAGGGCUCGCACCCGGUCCACUGCGUCAUCUUCACCUCGCUCUUCAUCGUCACCAACGUCAAAUAUCUCCAGGUCACGCAGCUGCAGCAGAUCGCGCGCCUCGCGCUGCUCUUCAGCUUCACCUUCGCGCUCCUUUGUUGCCCGUUUCCCCUCGCGCUGGGGCACGGCGCGCCGCAAGGGACGCAGGGCGCGCAGGGGCCUGACACGACGGGCACAACACCUGAGCAAGGUGUUUGGCAGCUGAUGCUCGUUACGUUCGUUGCCUACUCUCUCCUACCGGUAAGGACGAUUCUGGCUGUUUUGUUCGGCAUCCUGGUUGCUGCGUCCCACUUCAUCGUGACAGCAACAUCGGUAACGGCCUGCAAACCUCGCGCCUGGACACCGCUGGUAGCAAAUGCAGUGUUGCUGGUUGGUGUGAAUCUGUCGGGUGUGUUUGUGCGAGUCCUUACUGAGCGUGCCCAGAGGAAGGCCUUUCUACAGGCUAGAAACUGCAUCCAACAGCGCCUGCAACUAGAGGACGAGAACGAAAAACAGGAACGCCUCCUAAUGAGCCUGCUGCCCAGAAAUGUUGCCAUGGAGAUGAAGGAGGACUUCUUGAAGCCACCAGAAAGAAUCUUCCACAAGAUAUACAUCCAACGGCAUGACAAUGUCAGCAUCCUGUUUGCAGACAUUGUCGGGUUUACCAGUCUAGCCUCACAAUGCACAGCCCAGGAGCUGGUCAAACUGCUGAACGAGCUCUUUGGGAAAUUUGAUGAGCUUGCUACAGAAAACCAUUGCAGGAGGAUUAAGAUCUUGGGAGACUGUUAUUACUGUGUGUCAGGCCUGACCCAGCCCAAAGCAGACCACGCUCACUGCUGUGUGGAAAUGGGUCUGGACAUGAUCGACACCAUCACGUCUGUUGUGGAAGCAACCGAGGUGGACCUGAAUAUGCGUGUGGGUUUGCACACGGGCCGUGUGCUAUGUGGUGUUCUGGGGCUGCGCAAAUGGCAGUAUGAUGUUUGGUCUAAUGAUGUCACACUGGCCAACAUGAUGGAGGCAGGAGGACUGCCUGGGAAGGUUCAUAUCACCAGGGCAACACUAGAAUGUCUGAAUGGAGAUUAUGAGGUGGAGCCGGGCUACGGCCAUGAGAGACAUGCUUUCCUUAGCAAACAUGCCAUCGAGACCUUCUUCAUUGUGCCCUCACACAGACGCAAGAUUUUUCCAGGGCUGAUCCUAUCAGACAUAAAGCCAGCGAAGAGGAUGAAGUUUAAGACAGUGUGUUAUCUGCUGGUGCAGCUCAUGCACUGCAGAAAGAUGUUCAAGGCUGAGAUACCUUUCUCCAAUGUCAUGACCUGUGAGGAUGAUGACAAGAGACGAGCACUGCGAACAGCUUCUGAGAAGCUGCGCAGUCGGACUUCAUUUUCGGCGGGCAUGGUGCAGAACUCCCCCGGGACCAGAGUGAACCGUUACAUAGGCCGUCUGAUAGAAGCACGACAGACGGAGUCCGAGACAGCAGACCUCAACUUCAUUACCCUCACAUACAGGAGCAGAGAGCGAGAGCAGAGAUAUCAACAAGUGUACGAUGAUGCCUUUAUCAGCGCUGUGGUCAUGUCUCUAGUCCUCACUUCAUUUUUUGCAGUCGUCUAUUUUCUCAUCAUUCCUCAAGGUCUUCUGGUUGUGAUUCUGCUGGUUCUUUGUUUGUGUUUCCACAUGGCAAGUGUGAUGUACCUUCACAUCACUCACGUGCAGUGCUCUCCUGAGUGCCUGACCCUGCAGAUCAGAACGGUUCUGUGUGGCUUUCUGGUGCUGCUCAUGUACUCCGUGACCCAGGGGUGUGUGGUGGGAUGUGUACCGUGGUCAUUGGAGCGGAACUCCAAUGUCUCCAUGGUGACGGUUGUCACAGUGAAUAGGACUGGUUUGGGCUCCGGGGUGUGCAAAUACACUCCAUAUGUAUUUUUAUCAUGUGUAAUGGCGUCACUAUCUGUGGCGUUGUACCUACGUGUGUCGUCACUCCCCAAGAUCCUCCUGGUUCUCCUUCUCAACAUCCUACACACUGUCGUUAUGGAGACCAGUGGCUAUCGGGAGGCCAUGGGCGGUGGAUUUUUUCACACACACGGCUAUGACCCGGUUCUUUCAAUGCUGUUGUUUUCUGGAGCUCUGGUGCUCCACUGCAGACAACUGGAUCUCAAACUCAGACUGGACUACCUCUGGGCCACUCAGGCAGAAGAGGAGAGAGAUGACAUGGAGAGAGUGAAGCUGGACAAUAAGCGGAUUCUGUUCAAUCUGCUGCCUGCACAUGUUGCGCAGCACUUCCUGCUGUCCAACCCACGAAACAUGGAUCUAUACUAUCAGUCUUACUCUCAGGUGGGCGUCCUGUUUGCCUCCAUCCCCAACUUUAAUGACUUCUACAUUGAACUGGAUGGAAACAACAUGGGUGUGGAAUGCCUUAGGCUGCUCAACGAGAUCAUCGCCGACUUUGAUGCGCUGAUGGAUAAGGAAUGCUACAGAGAUAUUGAAAAGAUUAAAACUAUCGGCAGCACCUAUAUGGCUGCAGUCGGACUCGUCCCCACAACGGGAUCCAAGGUUAAGAAGUCCAUCUCUGCACACCUGUGCACAGUAGCUGAUUUCGCCUUUGAGAUGUUUGAGGUUCUGGACGCGAUCAACUACCAGUCCUACAAUGACUUUGUACUUAGAGUUGGUAUUAAUGUGGGUCCAGUGGUUGCCGGGGUGAUCGGGGCUCGGAGGCCUCAGUACGACAUCUGGGGAAACACAGUCAACGUUGCAAGCAGAAUGGACAGCACUGGAGUUCAGGGCAAGAUACAGGUAACAGAGGAUGUCUUCCGACUACUCCAUGGUUAUUAUCACUUCCAGUGCCGUGGACAGGUCAGCGUAAAGGGCAAAGGUCAAAUGCUCACCUAUUUUCUGGAGGGCCGAACCCACCAAGGCACACACCAUACUCAGUCCAAGAGCCUGGAGCGUGGGUCGAGCCCUUGCAUCCAGACAAAGUUGGGCUCUGCACCCACUGUCAGCAGUUAUGGGGUCAAAAGUCACACUCUGGGGUGCGUUGCCACAAUUCCAAACAACAGCAUUCUUUACCUACCCUCAGUAUCUGUCAACAUGGAGAUGGAGGUGUGAACACUGAGACUGAGCCACUGAGACAGGUUCUGCAGAGAUCAAUAAAUUAGUACAUUUAGAGUCAGAGAGGGAGACCAAACACAAAGUAAUGAGGUAAGAGCAAAAAAUAUAGGAUGUAGGAUUGUAGAUCUGUGUUGAAAAAAAGGAGAAAGGAGACAGUGAGGUCUCUGUCUUUGCACUGGUGAGGAGAUGAGAGAGACAUUUAAAUGUGCCACACAGAGAAAAGCCCUCCCCUUCCACACAAGUACAUAAUAAGCAUGUAUGUAAUUAUGUGUGUGUGUGUGUGUGUGUGUGUGUGUGUUAUAAUGAGUCUUCCCCAGACCAAUAGGACUUCAGGGUCUCCUACAUGGGAGCAUGCGAUCUACUGCAAGGCAGCUUCACACCAGCCGAGGAGACACAUGCCCAGUGUGUGUGUGUGUGUGUGUGUGUGUGUGUGUGUGUUUGUAUCUGUAUGUUAUCUUGCAUCUAAAAAUGUCAAGAGAUGCCAAGGCAAUGAACAUGUGAGCAAUGAGGACCAAACAUUAAGAUUUUAAACAGCGCUGUAUUUUGUACUAUGACUGAGUCAGGGCAGAUGUUUAUGAGACGAUGAAACGUAAGCAGGGAGAAACUUGGCAUGGUUGGGUUUUUAUUUAAAAAAACAAAACAAGGUUCCUCAUAUUGAGAUUUGUUUUCAAUACAUUGUUUACAAAAACUCGGCAAGGGUUUUCGGAACUGAUACAAAUGGAAUUUCCAGUUUUCAAAGGCAUUAGUUUGCGGUUAAUACUGUCUUGAGAAAGAAAUUGCCAAAACUACAAAACAAUUACUCCACAGUGAAUCAGAGACCAAAACGAUUUAUUGUCAAAGGAAAACACUAUGCUGUUUUGUAAUCAUUUACAGAAAGUCCGUAGAGUCUUUGACGUGGGUAAAUGUUUACUUUGCAUGGGAUGAAUCAGCAAAGUUUUCCUUCAUGUGAUGUGUGUACGCACUGGUGCUUGGAGAAAACAUCUGCAUUCACUUGUCGCUGCCAUUUGACCUCUGGAUUUUUUUUUUUUUUUUUCCAGUAAUGACAAGAAAAAAACACUAAUUCCGUAUUAUACUGUCAAAUGUUGAUUUACUGAUAUAAUCACUACACUGCGUGAGAACUGUAACACAAGCCAGCACAAUAAAGGCUGUGUGAAAGUGCAGUAUUUUAUUAUUAUUUUUGAAAAAACUGCAGAGUGAAUAGCUGGACAUUUGUUCCCUAUUCCAAAUAUUUUGUCAGUGGUUUUUCUGAGUUUGUAAGUGGCGCUUCGCUUUACGAUUCUCCUAUCAAUGGUAGCAUCUCUCACUGUGUUUGCAGAACGAUCUUUAACACACGACUGAACAUGCAUGAUAUUUUAGUGCUGGAUGUGUCAUGUGCUCUGUAGGUUUUAGGUUCUGCCGUCUGAACAUCUGGAUUUUAGUGCAUCAAUUUCAGAGCAUGCAAACAUCUCGAAUCCGCUCUCGAGUUUGAACACUCAAAAGCCUCGUUUUAGAUUUCAUACGAAUAAAAGACUCAGAGUUCAGGCCAGUUGGCCAGGUUUAUUUACUUUCUGUGCUAUUACUGUAUCUUUGAUAGAUUUUCCAUGAUGCCUAGGGAAUGAAGUUUGGCUUCAAGCAUGUCCAUUCUCAGCAUGCCGUAAUUCUGUCAUGUCUGCUAUUUGAUAACUAAGUUGUGUCUCUAAUGCAUGCCUAUUGCAAAAACAAAACCAAGGGUGAAAAGUGUCAAAGAAAUGUUGCAAAACAUGCUUUAGUAGCACUGCAUGUGCCCACAAUACUGGCCUUGAUGCCUUGAUGAAUUGAAACAUAUUUUUUUGAACCAUAAUCUUUUACUGAUGGCUUAUCCGCUUACCUGUGCCAUGCGUGGUGCUGCUGUGAGACAUUGGGGAAUGCUUGCUGGGAGUUUUGUAGCAUUGGCACCUAUGUCAAGCUCUUGAAGUGACUGCCUUUUUAUCCAGGGUCUGUUAGAGAAGGUGAAUUUAUUUUAAUAUGUGCCAACACAUACUAUAGUUACCAAUAUAUCAGACUGUGUUCUUUUAUAGCACAAUUUUGUGACUUGGUUUUCUUUCUAACUUAAUUCUCAUGGACUGAUCGAACCACGUGGGGCCCAGUACUGACUCACAAAUGGGCUAUUCCUUUAGAUUUGAAAGUUUUGUCUUUUUUUAAAUUACAUUAGACAACAUAUCCAGGAAUGCUCUGUUUCUGAUUAUACUUUACCUGCAUUUAGGUUAAGUUGCCACAUAAACAAAAUUGUAAGAUUUCACCUAUUAAUGUAAACUGAAAAACUGCUCAUUCAGGUUUCAUUUUUUUUAUUUAAUGAUUAUGAAUGCCAAAUGCCAAAAUGCUUAUUGUAUCACUGAAUAUUUCAGAUUCUAUGAUCCAACAAAUGUAGCCAGACAGCUAAAUGGUUCUAUACGAUAUGGCUUAACAUGAUUUAUUUUCAAAUUACAGUGGCCUAACUUACUGCUGUUAUGAACAUUAUGUAUUAAUUUUAAUAAAGCAUAAAGUGUGCACAGUAAAAUCAUAGGCUAGAUUUUCAUGUCAAUUCGAUAUUUUCAUAUUUGAUACGGGUCCAAAUUAUUGUACGUAUUAAAUAUAUUGUAGAGUAAACGAAAAGAGUAUUUUAUUGAUGAUUUGUAAUAUUUGUGCUAUUUUUGGGGUUGCAAUGUAUUUAUUGCGAUUGGUUCUAUGUGAAUGUAAAUUUCAUAUUGAGAUCUUUUAUACUUGUGUUUGCACUGUUCAGGAAUAAAAUAAUGAU